UAUAAUUAUAAUUAGUUCGACAGGCGAUCUGCUUGCUGYGACUCUGUGAGUAAUUGCCACGUGGCAGUGCUCGGUGGGGGAAGGGUAGAUUUUUUGAAGUUGAAAUUGACAAAGUACAGUCCUGGCGAAAUUUUCGAAUUGUAAAAUGGGUGGAAUUACAAAAAAAAAAUAAAAAAAAAAUGGGUGGAAUUCGAUAGGUAUAGAGUCUUGUAGACGUCCGUACAGAAUUGAAAACGCAAGACUUAGUACGUAACCAGAUGGGCCAAGCUCCGGAAUUAGUGCAGCAGCGAGACGAGCAAGGGGCUUAAUUGGGCUCCCUCGUAGAACCCAGCUGUAUCGUGAAUGCAUCAGACCGGAUUCGGGGCCACAUUCCGGCAAAAAUAAUCUCAGUUUUACGGCGAGCAUUAAGCGUUGCCAAGCUCCGGAAUUAGUGCAGCAGUGAGACCAGCAAGGGCGUUAAUUUAGCUCGGGGGGACCUUCGAGAACCCAGGUGUAUCGUGAAUGCACCAGACCGGAUUCACGGCCACAUUCCGGCAGAUAUUCUCACGCUCCGGAAUUAGUGCAGCAGCGACACCAGCAAGCUUAGGGUGUAUCUUAAUUUAGCUCUGGGGGGCCCUUGCAGAGAGCCCAGAUGUAUCGUGAAUGCACCAGACCGGAUUCAUGGUCACAUUCCGGCAGAUAUUCUGGCUUUUACAGCGAGCACUACGCAUUGCCAAGUUGCCGAAUCAGUGCAGCAGUGAGACCCGCAAGGGUCUUAAUAUAGCUCUGAGGUCGCUUGUAGAUCCCAGCUGUAUCGUCAAUGCAUCAGACCGGAUUUACGCUCACAUUCCGGCAGAUAUUCUCGUUUUUACAGCGAGGAUUGCCAAGCUGCGCAAUCAGUGGAGUAGUGAGACCAGCAAGGGGUUUAAUUUACCUCUGGCCCCUGGGGCUGCUAUGGAUUUUGCCGAGGCACGAUGAAGAAGAAUAACCCUGAGAGUUGGGAUAGAUAAGAUAAGUACGUGGCGGUUUAGGACACUUAGACUCGCUCAGGGGAAACGAGGUAGCGUCUAUUUUGCAAUAGGAUAGCGGAUCAUGGUGAGAUAAGUGAAAAAAAAAAAAAAAAAAAAAAGAAGAAGAAGAGAUAAGUGGACAUUCAGGGGAGCAACUGGGAAAAGAAGGAAGGGACGAACGAACAGAGGCGAGGUGCUCGUAAUUAGGGACCGGGGACAGGGAAAAGAGAGUUGCAAUACCGUCAAGUUCUACUGGUAACACUGGAGAAAAAAAAAAAAAGAAAAAAAAAAAACACUGAUGGAUGUACCGUCAAGCUCGACUGGUAACACUGGGGGGAAAAAAAAAAGAAAAAAGAAAAGAAAAAAAAAAACACUGAUGGAUGUCGGAACAGGAGCUCAGUGGAAAACAGACUGCUGAUGGCGGAGAGGCUGGCGACUAUCAGCCGGGCUGGGAUAGCGAGCAAGCUGCGACUUUCAUGAAGAUGCCCGAGUGGUGCAAGUGGUGGAGGCGAAGGAGUGAGAGAUCAUUAAGGAGGGAGAAGGAGAGGGAAGGGGAGAAGGACUUGCAGAGGCAAGCAAGGGGGAUGAAGUCCGAGCGGAGCGUUUCAUCAUCAUCAUCAUCAUCAUGGUUGUUUCUGAACAUUUCCUACACCAGAUAUA